AAGGCUAUUUAUGCUCCCUGCUGCUUCCUACAGAAUCCAGAAGCUCUGCUUUUGCACUGAGAGCCUUCAAUGUGGAACUGGCUCAGGCUGAUUAAGGAUUCAGUUUCUGAGAAAACAAUUGGACUGAUGCGAAUGCAGUUUUGGAAGAAAACUGUGGAUGACAUAUACAGUGACAAUCCACCACAUCAGCCUGUGGCCAUUGAACUGUGGAAGGCUGUCAAAAGACAUAAUCUGACUAAAAGAUGGCUUAUGAAAAUCAUUGAUGAAAGAGAAAAAAAUUUGGAUGACAAAGCAUAUCGUAAUAUCCAGGAACUGGAAAAUUACGCCGAAAACACACAGAGUUCUCUUCUUUAUUUAACACUAGAAAUAUUGGGUGUAAAGGAUCUUCAUGCAGAUCACGCUGCAAGUCACAUUGGAAAGGCACACGGCAUUGUCACUUGCUUGAGAGCCACGCCGUAUCACACUAGCAGAAGAAGGGUGUUCCUUCCCAUGGACAUUUGUAUGCUGCAUGGUGUUUCACAAGAGGAUUUUCUACGGAAGAACCAAGAUAAAAAUGUAAGAGAUGUGAUAUAUGACAUUGCCAGCCAGGCGCACUUGCACUUGAAGCAUGCCAGGUCCCUCCACAAAAGUGUUCCUGUGAAGGCAUUUCCUGCCUUUCUUCAGACGGUUGCUCUGGAGGACUAUUUAAAGAAAAUUCAACAAGUAAAUUUUGAUAUAUUCCACCCAUCUUUACAGCAGAAGAAUACAUUACUUCCGUUGUCUUUGUAUAUUCAGUCAUGGAGAAGAAGAUACUAAAAAUAAUCUCAUGGCACUGAUACUAAUUUAUUUUUAUUAGUUUUACAAAAGUAUACUAGUCAGGGUUCUUGUUUAUAAACACCAGGUACUGACUGUUUACUUAAGGCAAAAAUGAAUUUAUUGGAUGGGUGUGAAUAGCUUAUAGAAUUGAUGAGAAAUUACUGUGGGGUUUGGGGGCCAAAACAUUAUUGAGAUUCUGCCUCAGACACUGCCAUUGUCUCCACCAGCCCAGACAGUGUCUACUGUCCCAUCCCUGUCAAGUGGAGCCGUGCUGCACCACCAGGGGGCAGAGAGAAGAAUGUCUCCUCCCUCCCUCGCCCUGGGGGGACAGGGAGGGACUAGUGCUGGCUUUGCAUUUGGAGAGCCAGAACUCAGUGCCAGUACAGGUGUGAAAUGAAUUUAUUUAGGGGUCCCAGAGAGUGAAGUUAAUACUUGAGGAGUGUCAGUCACUAUGUUGAGGGUUUUUAUCCCUAACAUUUCAUCUUUACAACCCUGUGAAAUAACUUCUGUAAGGUAAGACAGUUGGCUGUCAAGAGCUGGAACCCUAUUUCUAUUUUAGGUCUGGCUGAUUUGAAAGCUUUUACUUUUUUGGUAACCCUACUACUGCUUCACUCUCUCUCAUUCUGUAUUGUGAUCAUGAACAAAGUUGUAUUCAUAAAGUGUAUUAAUGUGAAGUAUAUUAGCACAAUUAUACUGAACAUUCAUUAGGGAAGACUGCAUUUUUAAAAACGUGUAUACUAGUUGAUCUUCCCACUGAUCAGCUCUGGGCUACAUACUUUCAUCAGUGGUCUCAUUUGAUCUUUAAAACUAUGAAAUAAAGAAUUUUUUGGUAA